CUGGGUUAUCACACGAGAUUCAGGCUAGUGCUAGCUGCUCCUAUCUAGGCCAUCAUACCACUGCCCUGUGUGUUUUCUGUAUGUAUGCAUGUUAUCUCUCUUUGCUUUUGUUAUCUCUCUUUGCUUUUGUUCUGUGUGCACAGGUGGCUGCAGUUUCAGUCUGGACCCAAACACAGCAAACCAACACGUCCGUCUGUCUAAUGACGCGGAGAAAGCCACCUGGGUACCUGAUCCAGUGCCGUAUCAAGGCCAUGACGGGAGAUUUGACAAGGUGCCCCAGGUCCUGUGUACGGAGCCUCUGCCCCAACGCAUCCAGGUGGAGGUUGAGUUUACAAAUGCUGUUGUUGCCGUCGCUUACGGAAGCAUGAAGCGGAAGGGAGAUGGCGAUGAUGUCCUGUUUGGCAACAAUGACAAGUCUUGGUGUGUGGGGUACGAUAGUGGCUCCAACAGGUACUUUGCCAGCCACAAUAACACAAAAGAGUUGAUAUCAGCGCCCCCUGCUGGCUCCAGAGUGUUAGUGUUUCUGGACAGAGAUGCCCACACGCUGGAGUUCCUCACCUUCACUCCCCCUCAGUCACUGGAAUCCUGGUACAAGUUCAAGCCCACCUUCACUGAGGAGGAUCUCUACAUGGGGUUUAGGGUGCCUAGCACUGGGUCAUCAGCAACCCUGACCUUUAGCUACCCUCGUCUCCUUCCAUCAGGAGCCCAAACUGCUGCAUGAGAUGACCUCUACAUGACCUCUACAUGGGGUUUAGUUUAGAGUGCUGCAUGAGAUGACCUCUA